AUGUCCGUCGCCGCGGUCGCCUCCCUGCGGCCAAUUCGCGGCCAAUGCCUUCGCCAGGCUCGUACAGGCCUCCUGGCGCUCACCCUCACAUCCCGGUCUGCGACCCUCAGCAUCCGCAUGACCGUCCCAUUGCAACCGAUAUACCAGCGAUACCAGUCUACUGUCAAGGAGGCCGAGCCCGGGAACGAGGGGGACAAGCAAACGGGGAAGAAACCGGAGAAGCAGAAGUUGACUUUCCGCCAGUUCUGGGGGCGGGCACUCGCAGUCAGCCUGCGCAAUCUCGCCUUCGCCAUGAGCCCCAAAGGCGUGCGACAAGGAUUCCGCGAGAACCCCGUCUUGAUCAGUGUAAUUCUACUCGUCUUGAUUUUCUCAGUCAUCUAUGGCACUAUCCAAGUCCGUGCCUUCUAUAAGCUCUUCUACAACCAGCAAUGGAGCAGAUACCCCGAGCCAGUCGCAACAACCCUUCGACGGGCGGUUUACUUUACCACCGUCAGCCCCGACCCAGAACGAGCGCUCAAGUUCUACAAGAAGGCAAUGGCCGAGACCAAGCAGAUCGGAUUGGAUCCUUUCACCGAUGAGGUUGUCGGAAUCAGGAUUAUGGUCGCUUUCUGGCUCGAGAAGAUUGGAAACCUCUCCCAGGCAAUCGAGGUUCUCGAGGCAGUACGCAGAGACUGUCUGGAGUGGGUUGAGAACAUGGAGAAGCAGGCCGCAAAUGGCGAAAUCAAUGAGCAAGGAAGGCUGAAGGCGCCAGUUCCUUCAGACUCGACUGCACCCGUCUAUUCGGCUCUGAAUGACGAGACGAAGCCCCAUUUGAAAGAGCAAGAGCUCGAGACUCUAUGGCGGAGGCGCGAGCGACUCCUGUCAAAGGCCGUCUCCAUUAGCGUGAAGCUUGGCGAGAUCUUCGCAGACGAGCAUGUCCUCGACCCCGACAACUCUCAUCUCCACCUAGUUUGGUCUGUCGAAACGACCCUGAAGGAGUUCCGACGACGAAAGGAGGAAGGCCCCAAGCCGGGCGAACAGAGCUGGCUCACCCCCACCGAGGUCGGCAGCACCAUGGAAUCACUCGGCCGCGACUACGAGCGCAAGUCGCAGUUCCACCUUGCGAUCCCGCUAUUCUUCCAGGCACUCCACAACUGCGAGAGCCCCUGCCACCGCGCCGUCAUCAUGAACAACCUGUCGGCCUGCUUUGCCCAGCAUCCCCUCUACAGCCCCGCCGCGGGAGGCAACCCCGAGACCGAGUCUCUCAAGGACCUCUUCGCAUCCUCCAUGCCCAACACCCGCCAGGACUGCCUCGAGGCGGCUUCGAACUGGGCCAACAACGCCUACUUCCAUGCCAAAGACGUCAAGGGGGACGAUCGCACAGCCGAGUGCGACGAGGCGUGCGCCACCGCCCUCUGCAACUGGGGAGACGUGGCGGCUAUGCAGGGCAAGACGGAUCUUGCUCGGAAGAAGUACGAGGAGUGCGUCGAGCUGAGCAACAAGCUCGGGUUCGCCGAGGGAGCCAAGACUGCGCAGGAUGGCUUGAAGAGACUGCGUGCGAUCACAUCCAAGUCAUAG